AUGAGUGAAAUACUUCCUAUAAAGUUCCAAGAGCACACCCAGCUCCAAAGUCUUGGCGUCAAUGCGGCGAGUAUUGGCUUUACGACCUUGACCAUGGAGUCAGACCGCUUCAUUUGUGUUCGCGAGCAACAAAACAACCAACCUCAAGUAGUCAUCAUCGACAUGGCCAACCAAAACGAGGUCAUGCGACGCCCAUCUCAAGCCGACUCGGUUAUUAUGCAUCCUACAGCCAAGAUUAUGGCACUCAAGGCAUCUACCCAGUUGCAAGUAUUCAAUCUCGAGACCAAGAGCAAGUUGACUUCGUAUAUGAUGCCUGAUGAAGUUCGAUAUUGGCGAUGGUUGGAUGUCAAGACGAUUGCCAUUGUUACGGAUCGUUCGGUUUUCCAUUGGUCGAUUGAGAACAACACUGCACCUGUCAAGGUCUUUGAUAGACAUUCAAACCUUGAAGGGUGCCAAAUCAUCAACUACCGCGCCUCAUUGGACCAAAAGUGGCUCGUCCUUAUUGGUAUCUCGGCUCAGCAAAAUCGUGUCGUUGGCUCCAUGCAGCUUUAUUCCAAAGAACGUGGCGUCAGUCAACCUAUCGAAGGCCAUGCUGCUGCUUUUGCUGAACUCAAGUUGGAUGAUGCUGUUGCUCCCACCAAGCUUUUCAGUUUCGCCGUACGCUCUGCUAGUGGCUCUGCAAAGCUUCAAAUCAUUGAAGUCGAUCAUCAAGAAGGCAAUCCUCCCUUCCAGAAAAAGUCCGUUGAGGUCUAUUUCCCGCCAGAGCAUCAGAAUGAUUUCCCAGUCGCUAUGCAAGUCAGUAACAAAUAUGGCAUCAUUUAUAUGAUCACCAAGAGCGGCUACAUCCACCUUUAUGACCUUGAGACUGGUACCGCCAUUUACAUGAAUCGAAUCAGCAAUGAAACCAUCUUUGUCACCGCCGAACAUGAAGCAUCAUCUGGUAUCGUGGGUGUCAACAAAAAGGGCCAGGUCCUUUCUGUGAGCUUGGAUGAGAACACCAUUAUUCCUUAUAUCCUUCAGACCCUCAACAACUCUGAAUUGGCUUUCAAGCUUGCUUCUCGUGGUGGUCUCCCUGGUGCUGAUGACAUGUACAUUCAACGUUUCAACCAACUCUUUUCAUCAGGCGCAUAUGGUGAAGCUGCAAAGAUUGCUGCCAACUCGCCAAGGGGUAUCUUGCGUACUGUAGAGACCAUUGAACGUUUCCGCCAAAUCCCCAAUGCUGGUCAAGGUCAAAUGACGCCUAUUCUUCAGUACUUUGGUAUCCUUUUGGAAAAGGGCGGCUUGAACAAGUACGAAUCGUUGGAGCUUUCCAAGCCUAUUCUCCUCCAGAACCGCAAAGAGCUUUUGGAAAAGUGGCUCAAGGAAGAUAAGCUUGAAUGCAGCGAGGAAUUGGGUGAUUUCGUCAAGCAAUACGAUGCUACUUUGGCCACUUCAGUCUAUUUGCGUGCCAACGUCCCCAACAAGGUUGUCAUGUGCUUUGCUGAGAGCAGACAAUAUGAUAAGAUCUUGGCGUACACCAAAACUGUGGGCUACACUCCCGAUUACAAUGCAUUGCUUUACAACAUUGCUCGUGUCGAUCCUGAACAAGCAACCAAGUUUGCCACUGGUCUUGUCAAUGAUGAGAAUGGUCCUCUUAUUGAACCUGAAAAGGUCUUUGAUGUGUUCUUGUCACAAAACAUGAUUCAAGAGGGUACCUCGUUCUGCUUGGAUUAUCUCAAGCCCAAUCGCCCUGAAGAUGCCAAUCUCCAAACCCGUGUUCUCGAAAUGAACUUGAUGCACGCUCCUCAAGUCGCUGAAGCUAUUAUGGGCUCUGGUAUGAUCACUCACUACGAUCGAAUGACCAUUGGUAACUUGUGCGAAAAGGCUGGAUUGUACCAACGUGCUUUGGAACACUUUACCGACAUCCACGACAUUAAGCGUGUUAUUCCCUACACCCAUGCCAUGAAUGCUGAGUGGCUCGUCAACUACUUUGGCACCUUAUCUGUGGAUCAAACCUUGGAGUGCCUUAAGGAAAUGCUUUCCAACAACUUGCGCCAAAACCUCCAAGUCGUUGUGCAAGUCGCCAUCAAAUACUCUGAGCAGCUUCAGCCCCACAACCUUAUUGAUUUAUUCGAGUCUUUCAAGAGCAAUGAGGGUUUGUACUACUAUUUGGGCUCGAUCGUCAAUGUCAGCCAGGACCCCCUUGUCCAUUACAAGUAUAUCCAGGCAGCAUGCCGUACUGGCAAUGUUCGUGAAGCUGAGCGUAUUUGUCGUGAAAGCAACUAUUACGAUGCUGAGAAGGUCAAGAACUUUUUGAAGGAAGCCAAGCUCAGCGAUCAAUUGCCACUCAUCAUUGUUUGCGACCGCUUCAACUUUGUUCACGAUUUGGUGCUUUACCUCUACCACAACAACCUUCAAAACUUUAUCGAGACCUAUGUCCAAAAGGUCAAUCCUGCACGCACUCCCGAAGUCAUUGGUGGUUUGUUGGAUGUUGGAUGUGAUGAGGAUGUCAUCAAGAACCUGCUUCUUACCAUCAAGGGUGAUUUAUCGGUGGCCAAGCUUUGUGAGGAAGUUGAACAGCGUAAUCGUCUCAAGUUGUUAUUGCCCUGGUUGAACAUGCGUGUGACCGAAGGUUCAACGGAUCCCGAGGUGUACAAUGCUCUUGCCAAGAUCUAUAUUGACACCAACAAUAACCCUGAACCAUUCUUGAAGGAGAACGAGUAUUAUAACCCUCGUCUCAUUGGCAAAUACUGCGAGAAACGUGAUCCUUACCUUGCCUACAUUUGUUACGAGAAGGGCCAGUGCGACUAUGAGUUGAUCCAUAUCACCAAUGAGAACAGCAUGUUCAAGCAUCAAGCUCGCUACCUCAUUCGUCGUCGUGAGGACACCUUGUGGACCCACGUUCUUCAAGAGAACAAUGAACAUCGUCGUGAGCUCAUCGAUCAGAUUGUUGCCACCGCUCUUCCUGAAUGCACUGAUCCUGAGGACGUCUCGGCUACUGUCAAGGCUUUCAUGGCUGCCAACUUGCCCAACGAGCUCAUCGAGUUGCUUGAAAAGAUUGUACUUGAGAAUGGUGCUUUCAGCGAUAACAAGACUUUGCAAAAUCUCUUGAUCUUCACUGCUGUCAAGGCUGAUUCUACCCGUGUCAUGGAUUACAUCAACCGACUUGACAACUUUGAUGCAAUGGAAGUGGCAUCUGUAUGUUCGCAAGACAACUUGGACGAGGAAGCAUUCACCAUUUACAAAAAGUACAACGUCAACGCCAGUGCUGUGGAUGUGUUGAUUGAUAAGAUUGGUGAUUUGGAUCGUGCAUACGAAUUUGCCGAGCGUUGUGAACAACCUGAAGUGUGGAGUAAGCUUGCCAAGGCUCAACUUGACCAGAUGCGUGUUAAGGAAGCUAUCGACUCUUACAUUCGUGCCAACGACAUGUCCAACUAUAUGGAGGUGACCCGUCACGCUGAGAUGGAUAGCAAGUAUGAGGAUCUUGUGCGCUAUUUGCAAAUGGCUCGCAAGCAAUCCCGUGAGCCUUACAUCGAGACCGAGUUGUUGUUUGCCUAUGCCAAGACUGAACGUCUCAGCGAUUUGGAAGAUUUUAUUGCCGCACCCAACAUUGCCAAUAUCCAACAAGUCGGUGAUCGAUGCUUCCAGAACCACUUGUAUGAUGCUGCCAAGGUGCUCUAUUCCAAUAUCUCCAACCAUGGUGCCCUUGCCACUACCCUUAUCUACCUUAAGGAUUACCAAGGCGCCGUCGAUUGUGCACGCAAGGCCAACAGCACCAAGGUGUGGAAGGAAGUCAAUGCCGAAUGUAUCCGCCAACAAGAAUUCCGCCUUGCUCAAAUUUGUGGUUUGCACAUUAUUGUUCAUGCUGAGGAAUUGGAAGAGCUUGUGCAAGUGUACGAGAAGAAUGGAUACUUUGAGGAGUUGAUUCGUUUAUUGGAAGCUGGUCUUAACUUGGAGCGAGCACACAUGGGCAUGUUUACCGAGGUGGCUAUCCUGUAUGCAAAGUAUCAGCCCGAGAAGAUGAUGGAACAUUUGAAGGUGUUUGUAUCACGUAUCAACAUUCCCAAGGUGAUUCGUGCAUGCACAGAUGCCCACUUGUGGCGUGAACUUGUGUUCCUUUACAUGCACUAUGACGAGUUUGAUAACGCAGUGACUUCAAUGAUGGAUCAUGCCUCUGAUGCCUGGGAGCACUCUGCAUUCAAGGAAAUCAUUGUCAAGGUGUCCAAUGUGGAGCUGUAUUACAAGGCUUUGCGAUUCUAUUUGAACGAGCAACCUAAUCUCCUCAACGACUUGCUUGCAACAAUGGUCCCUCGUAUCAACCACACUCGUGUCGUACAACUCUUUGAGAAAUCCGACAACAUCCCUCUGAUCCGAUCCUACCUUACAUCUGUCCAAGAAACCAACAACAAGGCUGUCAACAGCGCACUCAACGAGCUUUACAUUGAAGAAGAGGACUAUGAAUCAUUGCGGGAUUCUAUUGAUAACCAUGACAACUUUGAUUCGCUUGAUUUGGCACAACGUCUUGAGAAGCACGAGCUACUCGAAUUCCGUCGUAUCGCAGCACAUUUGUACAAAAAGAACCGCCGGUGGCGCCAAUCCAUUGCCUUGUCCAAGCAGGAUCGUUUGUUCAAGGAUGCCAUGGAAACAGCAGCCGAAUCUAAGGACCGUGAAGUUGCCGAAGAGCUCUUGCAAUACUUUAUCGAGGUCGGCAAGCGUGAAUGCUUUGCUGCCAUGCUCUACUCUUGCUAUGAUCUUAUGCGACCAGACGUUGUCAUGGAACUUGCAUGGCGACAUGGUCUCAACGACUUUGCUAUGCCAUACAUGAUCAACAUGAUGAAGGAACAAUUCUCAAAGAUUGAUGUUCUUGAUAAGGAUGUAUCAGAGCUCAAGGAAAAACUCGCAAAGCAAGAAGAAAACAAUGAGAACGCACCACCAGCACCAGUAAUGGGCGGUGGUCUUGGCAACCCACUCAUGCUGACAGCUGGCAACAACACCAUGCAAUCCCCUAUGAUGACUGGUGCAUCCUCUUUCAGCGGUGGACCACAACAACAAUCCCCUCAUCAACAAUUUGGCAACUUUUAA